AUGCACAUCCACGUCCUCGGGUACGGUGCCAUCGGUACCCUCGUCGCACACCACCUCCGCGCCACCCUUCCUCUCAAGCACCUCGUCUCCGUCAUCCAUAAGACGCCUGCUCUCGCGUACCAGGCCAGCGAGGCAGGCGGCAUCAAAGUCGAGCGCGACGGCGUCGUUCAGUUUCAGAAGCACAUUCUUCACGAGAGCCCCGAUCCGUACGAUGACUACAAUCCUAAGCCGUCACCCAUCGAGUCUCUCAUAGUCGCUGUAAAGGCCCAAUCAGCCAUCCAAGGCAUCAUGAGUCUCCUCCCGCGAAUAUCCUCGAACAGCACAAUCGUCCUCCUGCACAACGGUAUGGGCGUGUACGAGAAUCUCAUCAAGGCCGUCUUCCGCAACCGCGAGCAGCGCCCCAACAUCGUCGUCUCCGUUAACAAUCACGGUGCAUUCCUUAAGCAAGAGGGGCACGUUGUGCACACCGGUGUGGGCGACAUCAAGCUCGGCAUCGUCCCCGACCCCAAGGGGCGCGACUUCGAAGUGAGCCUUGACACUUCCCUUCCGAAGGAGGACCAGAAGCUCAGCCUCGACGACAUCACGCCGCUCAGUGGCGACCCUCUCGCCCAGCGAUACGUCUCCUUACGCAACACCAUCACCGCGCUCACGAGCGCCGAGCAGCUGAACGCGUCCUGGCAGCCCAUAUACGACGUCCAAGUUGCAAUGCGCUGCAAACUCGCCGUAAAUGCUGUCGUGAACCCGCUCACCGCCUUGCUCAACUGCAAGAAUGGCGAGCUCUUCGAGCAUCCUGAGGCUCUUAGGCUGUCCAAGCGGCUCUGUGCAGAGGCGUCGAUAGUCUUUUGGGCGCAAUGGGAGCAGGAAGUGUGGGCGAAGCGUCCCAGGGAUGCCGGCGAUGCGCACGAGGACGCGGACAAGCCGAACUCGCAGGACUUCCCGCGGGAGCUUUCAGCGGAAAGACUCAUGCUGGAGUGCGAGCGCGUGGCCAAACUCACGAGCGACAAUGUCUCAUCAAUGCUCGUCGAUGUCCGCAGAGGGCGACAAACCGAGAUUGAGUAUAUUAGCGGCUACCUAUUCAGGAUGGCGCAGCGGUACAAAGUGCCCAUACCCGUGACGGCGGCGAUCCUUGACCUCAUGCGCUUGCGAAGCAAGCUCCCCAUCGAUAAGCCAUUGCCGCUGAACUCAGUGCUGUAA